UUCAUCCCCACAGAGAUGUCACAUUCACACUCUAACGUGCACACACAUGUACACACAUAGAUGCUCAUAUGGCCCCAGUAUGGAGCAUGGUCCCCCUUUUUUUCUUGUUUGAAGUGAGCUUAGAAGUUUCCUACCUUCCUUGAGAUUCAGUUUCUCACCCUUCCCACCAUAAAAACCCUUCUGCCCAUCUUUUCUUGGAUCAUGUCCAGCUAGUGCUGUGCCUUUAAGGAAGCUGAAGCUGCUAAAAGUGAGAGAGAGAGGGAAAAAAAGUUUUUUUGGCAUCUUUUCCCCUUGAAAUUUCUGGUGUCACUUAUGAAACACAGGUCCUUGUUGCAGUAGAGAAGCGGUUGUUUUGCUGGAAGGGAGGGAGUGUAGGCUGCCUCGGGUCCCUUCCUGCAGCGUCCUCUCAGCAGCUGGUCCCAGGCACCCCAUAGGGAAAGGGUGGACUGGCUCCCAGGUGCAACCGCAAACCGAAGGUGGGGCAGGGACCAGGCUGCCUCGUCCUCCAGCCACCUCCUCUUCCCCCCUUGGCCCUGCAGACUGUCCUGUACUAACUCUGGCCUUUGUUGUUUUCUGGUUCCAUUUUAAGAGAGGCUCCACUUGACUAAGAGUAGUUUGAAGGAGGUAGGAUGCAGGAGCUGCAUUUGCUGUGCUGGGUGGUCCUCCUGGGCCUGGGGCAGGCCUGUCCUGAGCCCUGCGACUGUGGGGAGAAGUGUGGCUUCCAGAUCAUCGACUGUUCCUACCGUGACCUGGAGGCCGUGCCGCUGGACUUCCCGGCCAAUGUGACCACACUGAGCCUAUCAGCCAACCGGCUGCCCAGCUUGCCAGAGGGCGCCUUCAGGGAGGUACCCCUGCUGCAGUCCCUGUGGCUGGCACACAAUGAGAUCCGAACGGUGGCCGCUGGCGCCCUGGCUUCUCUGGGCCAUCUCAAGAACCUGGACCUCAGCCACAACCUCAUCUCUGACUUUGCCUGGAGUGACCUGCACAACCUCAGCGCCCUCCAGUUGCUCAAGAUGGACAGCAAUGAGCUGACCUUCAUCCCUCACGAUGCCUUCCGCAGCCUUUGUGCCCUGCGCUCGCUGCAGCUCAACCAUAAUCACUUGCACACACUGGCCGAGGGCACCUUUGCACCACUCACCUUGCUGUCCCACCUGCAGAUCAAUGACAACCCUUUUGACUGUACCUGCAGCAUCAUGUGGUUCAAGACAUGGGCCCUGACCACGACGACUGUGUCCAUCCCGGAGCAGGACAAAAUCACCUGCACGUCGCCCCACGUGCUCAAGGGCACACCGCUGAACCGCCUGCUGCCACUGCCGUGCUCAGCGCCCUUGGUGCAGCUCACCUACCAGCCCAGCCAAGACGGUGCCGAGCUGCAACCUGGCUUCGUGCUGGCGCUCCACUGUGAUGUGGAGGGGCAGCCGGCCCCCCAGCUUCACUGGCACAUCCAGACAUCUGGAGGCAUGGUGGAGAUCGCUAGCCCCAACGUGGGUGCCGAUGGGCAUGCCCUGCCUGGUUCCCCAGCAGCCAGCAGCUGGCCACGCUUCAAAGCCUUCGCCAAUGGCAGCCUGCUCAUCCCUGACUUUGGCAAGCUGGAGGAAGGCACCUACAGCUGCCUGGCCACCAACGAGCUGGGCAGUGCAGAGAGCUCAGUGAACGUGGCACUGGCCACACCGGGCGAGAGUGGCGAGGACACCCUGGGGCACAGGCUCCAUGGCAAAACAGCUGAGGGCAAGGGCUGCUAUACAGUUGACAAUGAGGUGCAGCCGUCGGGUCCUGAGGACAAUGUGGUUAUCAUCUACCUCAGCCAUACCAGGGGCUCCGAGGCUACAGCAGUGGGGAACAGGGUCUCCGGGCAGCAGCCCCUAGGCCUGCUCCUGCUGGGCCAGAGCCUCCUCCUCCUCUUCCUCGCUUCCUCCUAGCCUCAAACCCCACCCAGCUGGGCUGGAGCAGCCCCAGGGCCUCCCUGACUCCUCCCCCGACUCUGUGACGUCCCUGCAGGGGCCUGGGUUGGGCUACUCCCAAGGUCUGCAUGGGGGAUACAUCUUCCUACCUCCCCUUCUCACCCCUUCUGGAACACUCACCAUCUCAACUUCUAGACUUGCUCAAAGCUAGUGACAAGGACAGAUCUGAUCCCAUAACUCACCGCCUUCGGUGUCAUUGCUGCUAACCAUGUUGCCCACGCUCCCUUGUGGGGGCAGCGUGCUAACAGGGCACCGCCAUAACCACUGGUGAAGCCUCACUGAUGGAAUUCCAGGCACUGGGACUGACCAGCUGGCGAAGGCUAGGGGCUGGGGGCCUGGCCAGGAGGUAGCCUGCAGCACACAGGGCACAGGAGAGAGGAAUGGGGUGGAGGGGCAGUGUCUGGUGUGGCUCUGAGGCUCUCUGUGACCUGCUUGAGCUUCCACUGCUCCUUUGCGUUUUCUGAUGAUUUGGGGGCUCUGGAGUCUCUGCCCUCAUCUCAGACAGGACUGAUGGUUCAGGAUGGCCUUCCUCUCCUCUCAUCCUUCCUCCCUCAGCCUGUGCCUCUCCAUCCUGGACACCUGCCCUGCCUUUCUCUCCAAGUAUGCGUCUAUAGCCUGCCACUCAGAAGAGGCCAGCCAGCCUGGGGGCAGCAGAGAAAUAAAUGGCGUUUCCAGUGCUCCCCUG